AUGCCACAACGUGCAACAAGCUCGCGCGAUGCCCAUCCCGGUGACGUGCUCUUAGUUAACCACGACUUCGAUGCCCGAGGCGCAGACGAGCUGACCUUACGACGAGGCGACAAGGUUGAACUCCUCGAGCUUGAUGAAGGGUUUGGUGACGGCUGGUACCUUGGCCGACACGUCUCGGAAAAUCGAACUGGCUUGUUUCCUGGAGUUUAUACGGUGAUCGCUCCCAAGAUCGGCGUCAGGAAAACAAAGGAUGGCUCGCCAUCUACUACUGCUUCCGCCUGGGAUACGUCCGUCCAUGACCCCGACUCACCGUCCCUACAGACGGGUCGCGACCCUGUCUCUCCAGUGUCAAAUGACGAGACGACACCCCAGCCGUCAAGGCACGUUAGUGCCAUUGACAUGAAACCUUUGUCUAACGCGGAUGGUGAAUCUGAAGGUGGUGUCACAGCUGGCCCCGCUACGCAGCGUCCCGUCUCUGCGAAUUCUAUGCAGCCUCCAUCAACCAUCCAACGGACCAUCAGUGAGACGCUGGGGAAUAUGAGCAUGAAUGGAGGAGAAGACAGCCCGGUUCUGAACGAAACCUUGAGCGUGAUUGACGAGCACAUCACCAACUUCAGCACGCCACGUCAUAGCAUCGCAACCCAGGAAAAUCACAGUUUGAAUGAUUCUAGUAGCGACUACAGCAGCUACCCAGACCACCGCCUAUCCUAUAUUCGUGGAGAGGAAACCGAUGAAGAGGAAGAAAGGACUCCGAGUGAAGCCGAGGUUCGAAAAUGGGAUCAUCGACAGAUGGCCCGGCACCUAAGAGAAGUCGGAGUCGACCCAAAACACUGCGAAAUAUUUGAAUCACAGGAGAUCUCCGGUGAUGUCCUUCUCGACAUGGACCAGGAAUUCAUUUACAUGAGAGAGUUUGACUUUGGAGUUAUGGGUAAGCGACUCAAGACCUGGCAUAAGAUAAGAGCGUUUCAGGAAGAGAUCCAGGGGCCAAGGCACUUGAGGAAAUCGAGCUCCCAUCCAUCUGAAGACUACGACCGGUCGCAGACCAAGUCGGUAAUGUCUGGCUCAUACCUUCCUCGUAUCCCUAGCCUGAGCGAACGACAUCACCAUACCCCGCGAGGCUCCAGAGACCGGAGUGUAAAAUAUCGUGACACCUCCUAUGGUACACAGGUCCCACCUUCACCACUGGGCCAGUCACAGGAGAACGAGAUCGUCAAACCAUCUCCGGAUUCCAUACGCCAGAGCAACCACCACCGAUACUCAUCUAUAGAAAACGCGUCUGUCUUCCCCUUGGCCGAUUCUAAUGCAUUUUCUGCCUCGAGGAAAGCGCCCGCUCCGCCACACGAGAAGAAGCCAUCCUUUGACCGUGGUUGGAUAAUGAGCCCUCCAUCAACGGCCAACAGCAACAACCAGCGGCCAAGCAGCUCUCUGGCAGCCACUAAGCAGUUCUAUAAAACCGAGAGCAACCGAACAGAGUCAAACAACGCGCUAGACUCCGUUGAUGUCGAUAGGGGGUAUUUCUCCGGCGGUGACGUUGAAGGCCGGAAACAACGCAGAGUGCUGCGAAAGAGGAACUCUAGCAAGAUAAGCUACAGCCACUCUAGACACUCGAGCUUAGCCGCGUUGGCAGAUGACAAGAAAAAGAGGCACUCUAGAUUUGGUAGCACGGGUUCCAUGCGAGAUCUGACUCCCGUGAAACCGCUGUAUCCGAAGACACGCUCCCAGGAUGUCACGAACAGCGCUCUUGAACUGUUCGAAGACGAAUCUCACUCACCUACCGUUACGAACCUGGAGCCAACUCCUGAGUCCCCAACUGGAUUUUUAUCCACCCUCGUCGGCUAUGGUAGAUCACACCAUGAUAACUCUGGCCGUUCGUCUCCUGGUCCCACUUCUAGUUUGAAAGCCAUUACACCAAAAGUCAGGCGAACGAUUGGGCUCCGGGCUAUUUCAGAUGCUGUUACAGGCAGCGAGAAGAUCCGUAUCAGCUCGCCUGUCUCCUCUUCUGUGAGUAAGGACAUGCCGCAAUCCCCCACUCGAACAGACUCCAGUACACCGUCAGGUACUGGAACGAGUAGAAGCUUGGAAAUGGACAGCGCGGAAAGCUCAAAGCUAGAGGGCCUAGCCGCAACGAAGAAUGGAACACAGCGAACCAAGUCGAAGAAAGAUACUAGCGCUUACCGCCGUGGGCUAGAAAAGAAGAGCCCCAAGGAGCAGAUGAAGGACGCCGAUUAUUACGGUUGGAUGAAGAAGAAGUCCUCCAACCUAAUGACAACAUGGAAGCCACGAUUGUUUAUUCUCAAAGGCCGUCGGCUGUCGUAUUACUACUCUGAAGACGACACUGAAGAGCGUGGCCUUAUCGACAUUUCUUCCCACCGCGUCUUCCGUGCCGACCAGGAUGCGAUUACAUCUCUACACGCCACCCUAACCCGAACUAAGGCCCUGCCACCUACCCCAUCCAACGAUGAUAGCCCCCCUGAAACAGCAGCCGAAGGGGAGGAAAAGCCCGACACAUCUAAACGAAGCAGUUCAUCCGAACCGCCGUUCAUUUUUAAAUUAGUUCCGCCCAAGGCUGGUCUUUCUCGCGCUGUCCAAUUCACCAAACCAGCUAUCCACUUCUUCCAAGUCGAUAACAUCCAACAGGGCCGUCUCUGGAUGGCAGCGAUAAUGAAAGCUACCAUUGAACGAGAUCUGAACCUGCCAGUCAGGACGACAAACAAGCAAAAGACAAUAACCUUAAAACAGGCCCGCAUGCUUACCCAAACAUCUCCUACGCCUCCUCUGGAUUCUACGUCAAGACCACCUAAACCAGAGGAUGAGAGUUCUCGUAACACCUCGGCAUCAAACAGCGCGACUCUCGCGCCAACUGGUGAAACUAGUACUGAUGAGUUUCAAAAACUAGGAGAUUUGGAUACCGGGUCGUCCGCUUUGUUCCCUGAGUCGGCUGCUGCACAUGCCCCCCAGCCGGCGACCUAA